AGUCGAAGCAGACCUUGUGCUGUUGAAGUUAGAGAGUUGAAGAGAAAAAAGGAACCGCACGCACAUAGAGAAACAGACCACAAACAGACCACAAACAGACCACAAACAGACCACAAACAGACCACAAACAGACCACAAACAGACCACAAGCAGACCACAAACACCACCACCACCACGAGCAUGAUGAGCAAGAAAGGAAGCCCAGACGCCAAAGGCUGGGGCCGAGUGUUCGGAUUCUUCCUACUCGGCGCCAUAUCCGGUCACGUACUCUUCAAACGUAUCGAAAGGUCCCUGGACGAGGCGGCUUGUGGCAGUGCCAAACUUCCGCCCAUACUGGUACGUCAUAACAAUGCAGUGCAAGUCAACUCUGCUCUGUCGGCCAAGAGGUCAAUGAAGAGCUCCCUCUUCGCCAAUGGAAUCUUCAGCUGGCAGCAGGAUUCGGAGGGAGCAGUGGAGGGAGAGAGGGGAGCGGCAGAGGAAGAGAGGCUGCCCAGAGACGAGGUGGGAGACAACUUCCUGUUUAUUGGGAUCAUGACCGCCCGGAAGUACCUGGACACUCGGGCCAUGGCCAGUAACAAGACCUGGGUGCCUCGUGUGCCGGGGAAAGUGGUCUACUUCCUGGGGGAGGGAGAGACUUAUACAGGUCUGAUGGCGGCCCAGGCCGACCUCCCGCACGGUUCUCUGCUCCUGUUUAUGGACGUAGACAUGGAGUUCUCUCCCCAGUUUCUCUACAGAGUCUCCAAGUACACCGUGCAGGGCCGCUCCGCCUUCUUCCCCAUCUACUUUGUGCAUUACAACCCGGAGUCGAUCUGCUACAAACAAGAAGACUGUGACACUUUGCUCAACAGUCGGAGGGACGAGGUGGGGCUGUGGAGAAGUUUUAGCUACGGUAUUGGGGCCGUCUACAAGAAAGAUCUGGUCAAAGCCGGAGGCUUCAAGACAGACAUCAAAGGCUGGGGUCUAGAGGACGUAGAUUUCUUCGAGAGAUGCCUCAACGCCAGCCUUAUGUUGGUCAGGGGCUCGGACGCAGGGAUGAUACACAGGUACCACCCCCGCGAAUGUGACACGACUCUGCCGGAGAAACAGCUGACCCAGUGCCAGGACAGCGGGAACGCCAUGUUGGGCUCUGUGGCCAAUCUUUACACCAUGCUGGGGGACGUCUCGGGCGGGACGGAGUUAAGGGAUUGAAAUAAAUCAUUCAAUAAAGGCAUGAAAUAGAAGAAUAACUAAAUAAAUGGACCAAGAAAAGAAUCAGUUACACUUUACUGAUCCCCGUAUGGGGGGAACUGGGUUGCUAUGGCAAACACACUCACCCACACACACACACACACACACACACACACACACACACACACACACACACACACACACACAC